AGUGUAGUAAAUUGGUAUUGGUGUAGUAAAAAAUUGAGUAAUUGUACUAGUGGUUGCAUUUUGCAGUAGUUUGGAUUUUCCAAUUGCCAAUUUGCGUAGAUGAUGACGGUCCCGGCGGUCCCUUGACGUAAUUCCUUAGCGUUUGCCCUUUUGAGGUUAUUACCUCUCUACCUCUUCCGUGUGUAGCUCUCACUUAUGCCUCGUUCGUGUGUAGCUUCUUGUGUCACUGAUUUUUGGUAAAUAACUUGUUCUCGCACUACUUAGUUGCACCUGAAUACAUUCUACUAUGCUGAUCCUACCAAGUAGUUUAUUCGAAACUUCUUCUUGCUAUGUAUUUAGAAUUUCAAAUUUACGACGUCAAGGAUAGCCGCGACCGCUAAACGAAUUCGAGGGUAUCGUGCGGCCUACCUUCUUUCACGAACGUCCUCGUUCUGGUGUCCGCCCCGCACGGGAGUUAGGCACAGAAGACGGAGCUGCGAUUUCCGAUCUCGACAUCGAGCUCUUUUGCGCGAAAAGCUUCUUGGGUUCUGCGACAGUAAAGUGAGUGGUUGAAGAAGAUUGCGCCGGUGUUCCGCAUCGGACAGACGCGGGCGCCCUCCGCGGCCCGUUUGGCAACUACUGACGUGCGCAUGUUGGUGACCCGGCUUGGAAAAACGGCCCGAUAAUGCAGGGUGAUGGAGCUGCGCCUGCGACUAAGGAAAACAGCAACUACGGAGUUGUCCUCACUUCGCCUUCAGACAAUUGUACUACUGAAACUCGCAUUCUGAUUUAUGUGCCGCCCACUUGACAGCUAGAGACACACGUGAAGGCGCUCCGAGGAGGUGAUUGGAGCGUGUUUCGGGAGCCACUGCUGGACUUAGUUUCGUGACUGUAAUUUGAGCCUAUCGGUUUGUAACUACAGCGGCUUCCUUCGAUAUUGCAGAGGUCCACCACACACGUACGAGCAGACGGUGAUAUCACGAAAAAAAGAAUAUUGGAGUGCAGAUCACUUAGCUCACACUGAAAGAACUGCAGCGGGUGAUCAGGGAGCUUUGUGUCGAUGUAGAGGGCUCCCCGUGCGCGGGUGUUUUUUGACCGGAGAAGAAACGGGGGCGGUAAGGCAUGCCAAUAGGUGCAUCGCGAUCUCGGAGAUACGCUGUGCAAUAGAGCUUCUACACGGCGGGCUUUCGCCGAGGCAUUUGCGCCGAGGAUAGAGACCGAGGUCGUCCGGGUCCGGUGCGGGGAUCGGGCCGAGAAGAGCGCGGAAUUGAAGCAAACUACGGCAGAUCAUCCGUGUUCUGGUAAGCAGGAUUGUCUUGCGCUUCUAUCAGACAAGAUUAGAAUGCCUGCGCCAGCAGCAGCAGAGCCAGCGACUCAGGGCCAUGAAGACUGCAUUGACGAAAGGCGAGCCGGCGCGCAUGUUGGCGACGAGGGAGUAUCCGACCCCACCCAGGAUUGUGAAUCUGGCGACACGAGUGACGAAGAUGAUGUAGGGAACGAGAGCGGACGUGGUUCGCCUUCUCCGGUUUCCGAGGAUCACAAUGCUUCGCUUGAGGAUGGCCUCGAGUCGGAGCGUCCGGAAACGUCCGAAUCCGAUGAGGACUCGAACGCGGACGCGGAUAGCACCUCGUCAGACGACGAAGAUUCCACUGACGAAGAGACCCAGGCGGACAAGGACUUUAUGCGCUCGCUGCGAGUCGAUGAGGAGCCAGAUUUUGUACCGGAUCCAGAUUUGCCCGCGCUCGUCCCUGGAAAUUCCACCUACAACGGACGUGUACCCGGAAGGCCGCGCACUCUUCCGGGAGCGGAAAGCGAGAAAUCGCACGAGGCACAGAACGACUUGGCGGAGCUAGCAGAGGUGGAGGGCUUUUUCGAUGUACCUGGGAACCCGCAGCCGGAGCAUGAUUUUCAGGAGGACCUGUCACCCAUGACAUUUAUGCGAGACGCGGUGGCUGCAGGUAUCUUCGAUGACAAAAAGACCGUGGAGAAGAUGGCGCUUGUUGUGCAGAAACUUUCGUACGAAAGUGACGUCCUCUCUUAUUUGGAUGAGAAGAACGGAAAGACCGAACGGGAGAACAUCGCCAAGAAACUGCAAUCCGUUACCCUCGAGGACCACGUUCCAGAUCGCCCGUAUUUCUAUUGGCUCUACAAGGCUGCGCACUGUGAACAGUUGACGCGAGAAAAGAUAGUGUCGGAAAUCACCAAGAACAAGCGAGCGAGGUACAAGAUUCGCAGAGAUAGGCGAGGGCCGGUUCACGAAUGCUUCACGUACAAGCCCGUGCGGCCAUUCGUGUGGCAAUACAAGUUUGCCGACGGAACUGAAGUGGAACCCCCCAAGCCAGCGCCCGAUGGUGGCCUGGAGGGCAGCGACGCACCGGUGGAGGGAGGGCCGGAGGUAUUUCCCGUAGCUGUUUUUUUUUGCUGGCGCUUUGACAUGAGUAGAGGGAGCAGGACCUGUAGCUGCCUUGUCUUUGUAGUGUACGCAAAUGCUAACUUCUAUUUUAGCUGGUGACUGUGCUCAUUUAGAUUUUCAUUUUUCCGGCUGCCACGUACCACAGCUCUCAGUUCAAGCCUUUUUGUCACGGAAGGUCCUUUGGGAAUCCAACCUUGAAUCUGAACAAGAACAAACAAAAAUUUACGGGAUCAGGAAUCUGUGGCUGCGGAGAGUGAUUCGCUUGAACGUGACAUCGCUAUCAGUGCAUCGGCAGACGAGGCGAAGCUUGACGACGAAGACCAAAAUCCCACCGGGCCCGAGACAGAGCAAGAAAAUCCAUAUCCGGACGAAGUAACAGAAAGUAAUCCCGAAGCGGACUUUGCAGACGAAGCAACAGAAAGCAAUCCAGGCGACAAGCAAAAGAACAAAAAGGCUUCUAAACUGGAGAGUGCUGGUUCAACGAAGCCUUUGGAGUUUGCUGUUACGAAGCCACGACGGCAGCACGACCGAAGCUGGAUUUUUGUGAUCCCCGAAGACGAUCUUGCCUACGCGUUUUUCGAAGCUGCCAAAACAGGCUCGGAGAGGACUGUGCUGAGUUUGAAAAUGCGGCUUUGCCACAGAGAUUUCAGAAUCCACGGAGGUGUUUUAUUUUUGCUGAUGUAUUAUACUAAGACUUACAAAUAUUCAAAUGGAUGGCCUCACUGUUGGUCAUGUGAUCUAUCCCCCCAACUCAAUGGUCUGAAGCUUCGAAAGAUGGCCCUGAAGUCCUCUCUCUCACUUUGUACAUGAAUGGAAAUCCAGAUGCCCACCCUUUUGUCCACGCUGUUGUUUGGGUCCAGGGGGAUGAACGCAGAAAAUGCUUCAACCCCAAGGGGAGGACGGAGUUUUCGCCCACCUCCCUGAAAAAGGGAGAGCAGGAAAUAACGACGGUGGUGCUUGAACCUUUAUGAACCUGUCCAGGAUGCAACGCAGCUAGAGGCUUGCGCCCUGUCUGCUGAGAGAUUGACCCGAUUGAGGUGCCGCGCGCGGGCCUCUGGCGUACAAGCUUACUCGCCAAGUGCGGCAGGUGUGUUCAAAGCCCAAUAGAAGAAAGCUCGUGGCGCGACGGUGGUGGUGCUCGGGCCUUUAGGACCCUGCGCGGGAUGCAGCGCAGCUCGAGGCGUUGACACCGGCCACCAUGCCAGGCUUGUUCUCGCUCUAAGUUCGGACUUCAAAACCGUUCGGAGUUUCUGUUGGUCAUGGAAAUCGGUCCCGCACACACGUAACACGAUCGCCCCAGAUGAUGCCUGUUCCCAAUGAAGUGACAGAUCUGAAUGACCUGAACGAGCUAGAUCCUUCAUUCUGUUCCCCGAUGUUCAUGCAGCAAAGGCGUAGACUAACUGAGGCCAGUCACGACCUGGGUAGCAACUUUGCGCAUUAUGGAAAUUCUCACGAAGCGGAUCCGCUUUUUGGGAUCCGCCAUGACGCUGAAUGCUGCGAGUAGCAUCGUGGGGCAUCAGGAAAAUGGUCGGGAUUGCUCUAGAUCCUGAGGGGGCCCCUUCACCGUGCCCCUAGCGAAUUCAGGAGGUCAGGAGAUGGCGGCGGCUUGAUGAGGUGGCGCGCUGUUCAGUAUGAGCGUGAAUGGACUGAGGCUACAGGAUGCAACGCAGCAAGAGACCUGCGCCACUUGCUUGCUUCCUUGCAAUCGGAAGGCUUGGGCUGCUGUUGAUAACGAGCCCAGUUGAGCAAGCGCGUGGAAGUGUGUGCGAGCGUUCUCAAGUCCGCCAACAGUUUCAAAGCGUACAAAUGCCGGAGAUCGAAAAGCAGAAGGGGGCGACAGCAAAUCUGAAGCAGAGCACCACAGAGAUGGCCCGCAUGAGCAAAGUUUUUGCAUCUUCGCAGGCAUCGCGUUGAGCAUACAAAACCCGACCCGAUUCCGGAACUUGAGCGAUUUGGCCGCGCCAGAGUACUGCGCUGAGGCUUCUCGGUGGUUCGUCUUUGCCGUUUCGCAUGACAGACUUCGGGCGCCGAUGCUUUGGCCGCUCAGUGCGCCGGGUUUUUCAAGGUCCGGCGCUCGCAUAUCUGCACAGCUGGCGCCCCAGGAGGAAGGCUGCCGAUCUGGCGCACCUCUGACAUUCUUGCGUUUCGGUUUCUAGGCCAAAAUGGUGGCGCCGCUUUAAUUUAUCCCCGUUGCGUUGCGUGUCCCUGUCCCCUCGCCGACCCUGGUUUUUUGUUUGGCCCACUCCUUCUGGUAUCAGGAAGCGCAGCACUAUUUCUUCUUCUAACUAAUUUCACAGGUGAGAUAGACUUAUACCGAGACCGCCGUGGGCGAUCUGCUUUGCACUACACUGCGAUGAGCGGAAACGAGCAGGCAGUGGAUGCACUGCAAGAGUUGGUGAAUACGCAGGACCACGACGGGUGGACGCCCCUUCAUACAGCAGCAUGGUUCGGAAACAGGAUCUGCUGCGACAAGAUCGUGAAAUAUGGCGCCGAUGUGGAUAUUCGCUGCUACGAUGGGAGGAAGGCGAUCGAGUACGCACGUGAAAACAAGUGGCGCUCCACCGUACAGACGCUCGUUCGCUUUGGGCUAGAUGAGCCGCCAAAAACUCGCGCUGGGAAGAAGAAAAAGUCCGAGGCCGAGAAGCAUGCAGAUCGUAUUAAUUUUGAUAAAUUUCUAUUGCGACACAAUAUGAAUGCCUUUUUUUUUACGCUGGCUCUCGCUUGUAGAAAGCUUUGAUUUUUUCGAGUCGGAUCAGCUAUAGCAGUUCAUAAUGAUCAAAAAAUGACUCGAAAUCAUUAUAAGUAAGAAUGAACACAAAACAGUUCUGCGAAAACUUGCAAAGAAGGAAGCGAAGGCAGAGAAGGCGAGGUUGAAGAAGGCGCGACAGAGGCAAGCAGCCGAAGCAGCUGCCCGCGCAGCUGCCGUUCUUGGUGUUGAGGAUGAAACGGCGCUCGAAAAGGACGGCACCGAGAAAGUGGCUGCUACGCUACCUGAAGAUGCGAGUGACGUGCCCCAGUCGCCCUCGGAUAUCCAGACUCGAGAUAUUGAAGUCACAGCGCCCGCCACAGACGCAGAGCAGAGUGACGAAGAGUGCCCAGAUCCGCAGUCGUCCAGUAAAGACAGCGCUCCAGCUACGUCAAGCGAGGGCAGCGAUUCUUCUGCGUCAAGCGAUGCUGGCAGCGUUCCUUCUGCGUCAAGUGAUGGCAGCGCUCCAGUUUCAAGCGAGGAAAGCGCCCCUCCUGCUUCAAGCGAAGGCAGCGCUCCAUCUUCCGCGUCAAGCGAGGGCAGUUUUCCUUCUGCGGAAAGCGACGAGGAAGUUGCUAACGUAGAUCACAGCGGCGCUGACGCGGUGUCAGACUCUCAGGCGAUUCCGGCUAGCGCGGACGGCGCCUCCACAGAACUGACCGAGCAGUGUGCUGCAGCACCCAGCGCUGACUCGCCAUCUUUAAAAGGAAGCCACUUUGGAAUGUAUUUGCAACACCUGGCGAACACUGGAGUGUCGAACGAAGUGAUCGCGCAAAAGAAGUCGCUGUGCAAGGCUAAGGCUGCACACAAAAGUAAGCUAAUCGACCAGAUGAAGGGGAAAGGCGUUGCCUCUAAAGCUAAAGGACCGGUGCGGUUUUCGCCAGGAAAAAGCGUAGACGGGUCCUCCUGCAUGACAGAAGGACCUGGGUGGGAAAUUGGGCCAGAAGGUACUUCUUUUGUUUCUCAGCCACGAUGCAUAAAUUUUGCGUUUAGCGGUCGCGGAGGAACCUGAAGAUGUACGAUUUUUUUCAGAAUGAUACUGAACUUGGCCAAAAAUGCUUCGAUAAUAUCACAGGUAUAGAUCCAGCUACGACUACCAAAGGGACGAAGGGACAAAAAGCGGCGCUGAUGAUGAUGAAGGGGAAAAAGGCGGCAUUACUAUUCAAAGGUAAAGGAAAAGGAUGCAUGCCGGAAACAUUUGGCAAGGAUCUGCCUGGUUUCGGAAAGGCGCAGUGUCCGGCGACCGUGUCGGACGAAGGAGAUGCUGCAGAAGACGAGCUUGAUCCAGCUGAAUUUGCAAAGCCGGAUCCAACACAGCAGGACGUCUCCCGAGAGCGCCACUCUUUUACCGCCGAGCAGACAGUAGAACACGGGGCAACCGGGGAGCCUAGUGAACCGCUCUUGCUUCCUAUACCCUCAGCAAGUUCUCCCGCGAAUGAGGACGAAGGGCUCAGUGAGUCGCCAGCAUCGAAGGAACACAAAAAGGAGAUGCGUGCCGAAGACGUCGACGAUGGAGAGGCGAAAAGCACAACAGCUGCGCAGCGCAUGCAGCUUACGGAAGAGGCUCUCCAGCAACACCAGGAGCAGCAACUGCCGCAAACGCGAGCGUAUCUCCGAAAGCGAAUGGCGCAGGCACAGCAGCUGCACCCAGACCAGCACAUGGCGCUAUCACAGCAUCACCCCUUCGAGGAACAGCUUGCACAACUUUCCGCACAAGGACAAAAUUCCUCGCAGCAAGAAAGCGUUUCAUCUCAGCAGGAUCUGUCUCGCCAAGGAUCUGAUUUUGUACCUGGAGCACAAAAGCCUGCUUGGGCGUGGGCGGCGAAGAACCUGAAUGCCUACGGAAAAGGGAUGAAAAUGCAGCAGAUUUUCAAAGGCGCGCAACAGAAGGGAAAGAUGAUUGCACUCCAGCAAGCCAUGUCGAAGAAAAUGCAGAAAGGGCAGCUGCAGUAUCAGACCGACGCAAUAGGUCAGCAGUCUUCGACUGAACCAUUGGUGGGAGAGUCAAAAUCCUCAGCAAGUUUUUUAAGCCAAAAAGGCACGGCUGCUUCGUCCCGGCCAGCAGCAGUGCAGCAGCCGGCGGCGCCUAAAUCAGGUAUCCUUUCGAGAGAGUAUGAUUGCAAGCGAUCGCCACCGUGCAGCCUACAGCGCUGCUAUCUAUGUUUGCACUUUCUUCUUUGAGUAACUAGUUCCAUACUUCAAUUAAACUCUUGCAACGUUUCUGACAAAUUAAACUCACACAAAAAACAGGGUUAGCUAUGGCGCGACGACAGCCUCCUCCUGUUUCAUCCCUCAGUCUUACGAGCGUUCGAACUCUUGCUGGUCCAGCACCGCCUGGUGGCCCGGGCGGCCCUUGUGAUGAACUGCGACCGCGAGAAUUAUUUCCGCCGAUACGAAAUGAACUAAGUCAAACUAUGAAUGGAGCGGCAGCUGAAAAAAGCCAACGAACUGGGCAAGGCAUUUGUUCGUCCAAUCGCAUUGCACCAAAGGUCAAGGCACCCCCACCGAACAUGGAUAGGAACAUCGACGAAACUCCCGUAAAAACGCAUCACCCCUCAUGCGUCACGACCUCUCAGCCACGACAGACGACCUACCCCGGUGCCUCAUCAUCCGAUGUGUCACCAUCCGCUGCGGACGCAAACGCCAUCGUAAAAGCGACAACCUCCAGCGAUGCGUGAAGACAUGAAUGCGACACAAUGAUGUGCAUAUUUUUUUCGUAUACGGGUUUAGGGUUUCCCCGGUUAUUGCUCCGCAUCGCAGGGUAAAAGAUCCGGGGCUUCUGGUCGACGGGGAAGUCAUUCUCCUCUCGGCGCCGGCGGUCCGGCAAGCGCUUGGGUCGAGGUAUUUUAUUGGCGGAAGCGACGCCCGCGUUGGCCGAAUGGAAAUAGUUCCGCGGACAGUGCGCACCGCAAAACUAGCACAGUCGAGACAUGCACGCUUUAGGCAACAACGGCGUUUUUUUUUGCAGAUCUCGUCUGACUGCGAACACGGACCGAUGCGGUCACGGACCACGAUCCAUCGUCUUCAAACUCAAUCUGGCAGGGAUCUAGGAAAUGCUUGUCGGGAGUGGUCAACCGUGGUGGUAGGCUUGGCGACACUACGCUUAAGCAAAGUGGGUCUCAGAGAGACUGCGAGUCUAGCGUCCAUACAUCAUCGCGUCCUUCGUAAGUAUUCCGAUAAGUACCCAUUACAGAGAGGUACCAAGAUCGAUUUUCAUCACCGUUUUCCGAUAUUUGACUCUUGUAGUCCAAGCACGUGGUUCUGGUUCAGGUUUUUUCCGUUUAGGGUUUAGGACUAAGAUUUUUUUAUUUGUCGCAGACCUGUCAUUCACUUUCGCAUCCCCAUCGCCAUCAUACUGCUACUUCCUUGCUGCAUGAAAAUUGGCAACAAAUGAGUAUUGUAUAUUGACUCUGACAAAUUGCACUUGCUAACGUAAGUUGGAGCUCCUGACGAGACUUGUUGUUAAGUCGGGGCUGAAGGAUCGACAACUUAGACAACGUUGCAGCAACAAAAGUUCAGACAAGCCGGUACGAUCCUUGCUUUUUCAUAACUCCCUGUAAAGUGCAGGCCCGUCGCCUUGUGCUUGAAA